UGCAGCCCUGCACUGAACAUUGAGUUGUACUUACUUAGGCUACUUGUAGUCUAAUCCCCCCAAAAAUGUUCAAGCAUGUGAUUGUGGACAGUGAGACUCGGAGCUUUAUCUCCGAGUGCGCGCUUAGCAGUGGUGACCAACCAUGUGGUUGGGAACUACUGGACGCCUCCAAACAGCUGUGCAGUUGCUAACCAGUGGCCAAUGGCAACUGGAAGCGGUUAGGAGUGUAGGAUCACAAACUGUGGUAUUCAAAUCGUAGCCUAUAUGAAGAUGGCAAUGAAUUACGAAGCACACGCGCACGGAUUCCUUUGAACAAAUAUGCGCUGGUUUUUCAAGACAACGGAGCAUGGGCAGAAAGGUGCUUACGGACUUGUUUGUGGAAGUCGAAGCUUGAGCGCAUAAUGCCGGGUUUAACUAAACCGCUGAUUUCGACUUUGCUUCUUUGUAUCGUCUUUACCGGGGAAUGCCGUAGGCACGGACAUCGUGUGAGGAGAUGGACUGGAACCGUGGAGAACCAAAAGCAUGGGACUUCAUUGUCAAAGAAGCCUCCAGAUGUGACGAAAUCUCGGAAGCUGAAGACAGAGCAGCUGCUGAAAGUAGAUGAUCAUGAUUUCACCAUGAGACCAGCAUUCGGAGGCCCCGCUAUCCCUGUUGGAGUGGACGUUCAAGUAGAAAGCUUGGACAGUAUCUCUGAAGUAGAUAUGGACUUUACCAUGACCUUGUACCUGCGACACUAUUGGAAGGACGAGCGCUUGUCCUUCACCAGCACCACCAACAAGAGCAUGACCUUUGAUGGGCGGCUGGUGAAAAAGAUCUGGGUUCCUGAUGUGUUCUUCGUCCACUCCAAGCGUUCCUUCAUACAUGACACCACCACAGAGAACAUCAUGUUGAGGGUGUUUCCUGACGGACAUGUCCUCUACAGCCUCAGGGUGACAGUAACGGCAGCCUGUAAUAUGGACUUUAGCCGUUUUCCUCUGGACUCCCAGAGCUGCUCCUUGGAGCUUGAGAGCUACGCCUAUACGGACGAGGAUCUAAUGUUGUACUGGAAGAGCGGGGAUGAAUCUCUGAGCACGGAUGAUAAGAUCUCUCUAUCUCAGUUCCUCAUCCAGAAGUUCCAUACCACUUCACGCCUAGCCUUCUACAGCAGCACUGGUUGGUACAACCGUCUGUACAUCAACUUCACCCUGCGGCGCCACAUCUUCUUCUUCCUGCUCCAGACCUACUUUCCCGCCACCCUCAUGGUCAUGCUGUCCUGGGUGUCCUUCUGGAUCGAUCGCAGGGCCGUGCCUGCCAGAGUCUCCCUGGGUAUAACCACCGUGCUGACCAUGUCCACCAUCAUCACUGGCGUCAACGCUUCCAUGCCCAGGGUCUCUUACAUUAAAGCUGUGGACAUCUACCUGUGGGUCAGCUUUGUGUUUGUCUUCCUUUCUGUGUUGGAGUACGCUGCUGUCAACUACCUGUCCACCGUUCAAGACCGGCGAGAACGCAAGCUACGAGAGCGAGCUAGGUCACAGUCUAUACCCUGCACCUGUGGCAUGUCGCAGACACGCACCAUGAUGCUGGAUGGCACCUACAGCGAGGCUGAUACCAACAGCCUGGCAGGCUACACUGAGGACCCUAUGGUGCCUGAGGAGGAGCCGGAGGAGAUGCAUGAGGUCUCUGAGAAACCAGAGCACAUGGUUGUCCACUUAUCUGUGAGCAGUGAAUCAACCACUACCAAGAAGAAAGGCAUACGGGCCCUGAACAUCAUUCAAAACACUCAUGCAAUUGACAAGUACUCUAGAAUGUUAUUCCCUGGAUCCUACAUAUUCUUUAAUCUCAUCUAUUGGUCCGUUUACUGCUGAGAGAGAUGUUUAAUACUGUAAAGAGCUGAGGGGAGUUGAAAAAGAAUAACGUUAUAAGGACAUUUUGGGAUGCAAGACCAACAGUACGUUGAAGAAGAAACAUUAA